GUCUCCGGCAUCAUUUCGAUUUUGUGCUACUCUAAUCAAUCCUUUAAAAUGAAAUUCGGUAUCGCCGUCUGUAUUCUGGGUUUGGUGGCUUUUCACGAAGCCUCAUGCAAACCAGCUGAACCUUCGUUCUUUCCGGCUUUAGUGACCGGUAAUUGCACAUACAAUGAUUAUUCUCAGCUGGAUAUUGAUACCUGUUCAAGGAUCGAGUGUAUUAAAACAGAACAGGGAAUCAGUUUCGGGGAAGUUCCAUGCAGUCUUGCAGUGUGUAACAAUGGAAAAAAUCUUUAUGGUGGUCUCCCGGACUUAACGAAAAAGUACCCAGAUUGCUGUCGUCCAAAUACAUGUGACUAAAUACUGCAAUAUCUAAGGUCUUUUUGUAAAACACGCUCUUAACGCGGAAAUUGUUAUUGAAU